AUGCCGCUUGAUUCGACGAGAUGGCUAUUUGCGCUCGCGCUGCUGGUGAGCGAGUCGCGGGCGCAGAGUUGGGAGCAUACAGUCAAUGUUUCCAUGUGCAAUUGGAGGGAGGCGAGAGUGAAUACGAUUCGCGAUACCGUCUACCUGGACGGGGGCGCCCUCUGGUGGCAGAUAGGAUACGACGAUGGACUCACCCGUGUAGAAAGCACGAACAACGACGAGGGCCUGCUCUACUACCUCCACCUCAACCAAACCUUCAACACCGCAACCACAAACCUCACUGCAUUAUUCGGCUCCAUACGCAAGGCAGGCGGCAUCGCAAAUAACCUCGCCCCGACAUACCACGAUGGAGUCAUGUUUGCAAAUGAUAACAAAUUCUGGCUCUACGGUGGCCUCCUCUCCCCAACAGCAAGCCAAUCCGAACCAUCUCCCGACCAGAUCCUCGCCUACGAACUCUACCAAUACGGCCCACACCUCACAAUGUGGGAACCGCAAUUCAUAAACGAAGACCUCGACAACGACAUCACCCGCUACAUCACCGCCGGCGCAGGCGUCUCUUCACCCUCCGAAAACCUCGGCUUCUACAUCAGCGGGCUGCGCGCACCAAACUGGGCUCCCAUCUACGAGAAUGGCUCGGCAACCAACCUUUCGCAGCAUAUGAUCCAGGUGGAUAUGUCCGAGAUGCGCAAUCCGGUGUUUACAAAUGUGUCCCUGCCGGAGUUUGUGCCGCCGCGCGCGAACGGAGAGGCGGUUUGGGUUCCGGUGGGUGAUAAGGGGGUUGUUGUGCUGGUUGGCGGGGUGAGGCACCUCGAGGCUCUUUAUGCGGGCGGGCUGAGUGACGAGGAUGAGGCGGAGAGUGCGUGGGUUAGUCCUGGGUACAUGAGCACGGUUGCUGUUUAUGAUGUUGCCGGGGAGCGGUGGUACCUGCAAAACACAACUGGCGACAUCCCCCCAGCACUAACGCAAUUCUGCUCCGUCUACGCCUCCGCCUCCAACGCGGACAACAACACGCCCACGCCCACGUCCACGCACAACAUCUACAUCUACGGCGGCUACGACGGACUCCGACCCACCAACACCCCCAGCGACUCCGUCUACGUGUUAUCGCUCCCCUCCUUCGAAUGGAUCCACCUGUACGACGGCGACGGGCCCGGACGACACGGGCACAAGUGCGUCAAGCCGUAUCCGGAUCAGAUGCUUGUGCUCGGUGGGGAAGUAACGGAUCCGAUGGUUUGUGUUGAUGGGAUGGUGAGGGUGUUUAAUUUGAAUACGGGGCGGUUUCAGGAUAGCUAUGAUCCCGAGGUUUGGCAGGAGUAUGUGGUGCCGGAGUUGGUUGCCUCGAGGAUCCGUGGAGAGACAUCCCCCUCCUCAUGGACAAACUCCUCCCUCGAAGCCGUCUUCUCCCGCACAUACACGUCCCCAAUCUCAACCUGGUACCCCUACAACGCCACAAACAUAACAACAACCACGGUCCCAACCCCGGACUCCGGCGGAUCAAGCUUCCCCUCCUGGGCCGGCGCCGUCAUCGGCGUCGUCGCCGGCGUCCUCGUCCUCGUCGGCGCAUUCGCCUUUUGGUUCCUGCGGCGCCGCAGAAAGCUCCGCGCUGGGGGGCGACGACAUAGUGAAGCAUCCCGUGGAUCACGGGUGAUGCAGUGGGUGCAUGCUGGUGCGUUUUCGCCGCCCAAGGAUGCGAACGAUGGGGAGGAGACGACGACGGUCUCUGGUGGGUUUACCAAUGACGAGACGGUUGCGCCGAGUGUUACGACGGGCAUCGGGGCCGUGUCGGGGACGACGGCGACGGCUGAGGCGGGGAGUGAGCCUGUGUAUGAGAUGCAGGGGACGAGCAGAGGCUAUGCCGUCGAACUCCCAACAUCCUACAACGAGCACCCCCUCGCGCCAUCCCCGGCAUCAGCAUCAAGCCCCGCGGCAACAACCAGCCCAGCAACAACCCCCGGGGCCAUGGGAUACAUAUCGCCCGUCUCCCCCGAAUUCCCGCAGGAAAAGGAAGCCGACGUCCCAGCAUCCGCGACUGCAACACGGCCAGGCCAUACGCGCAACGUCUCCAGUCUCUCGAGCAUGCAGUCGUAUUCGACGCAGCUGGUUGAGGCGGAUGGGAGUGUGAGUGGGGGUGGGCGGCCAAGGUACGUUUCGGGGGUUUCGGAGGCGAGUAUUAGUUCUGCUGGGACGAGGAUUGGGGAAGAUAGCAGUGUGAUUGGGGGUGCCAGUGGUGUGAGGAGGGAGAAUCGUGGCUUGGGGCUGGAGGAUAUUCCGGAUUCUGAGGCGGAGAGGUAG